AUGAGCGACGUGCAGAAGAAGCUGCAGGCGCUGUCCGACGAUUACCAGAAGCUGCAAGGCGAGCUUUCCAACGCAGUAGAGGCGCGCCAGAAGCUCGAGUCGCAGCAGCAGGAGAAUACCACCGUCAAAAAGGAAUUCGACCUCCUCGACGACGAUGCGAACAUCUACAAACAGAUCGGUCCAGUGCUCUUGAAGCAGGACAAGACCGAAGCUGUCAUGUCGGUCAACGGGCGCCUGGACUUUAUCCACAAGGAAAUUUCACGAAUAGAAAAGCAGAUCAAGGAUAUCCAGGACAAGAGCGAGAAGGUCAAGGUGGAUGUAAGGCUACGACUACUUGAUAUUAUUGAGAUCUCGGAAGGUCUAACAACAUGGCAGAUCAUCCAGAUACAAUCAGCGGCACAGCAAUCGCAGGAGGCUGCGGCGUAA